CUGAUCUCCACACUUCCUCACUCCAGUACUGGUGCAGUGAACUACUACCACCAAAAAAUACUUUCAGAAUUGGCAAAUGGCGCAGCUGAGAGCGUUCGCCAACGAGCAGCACCAGCAAGAAGCGCUGCACGGCCACGGCCACGGCGGCGACAGCGACAGCAACAAGAAGGCGCGCGCGGGCCUGUGCGGCGUGCUCCGGGAGCGCAAGGUGGUGGAGCUGGCGCGCGCCAAGCGCCGGCUGGUGGAGGUCCCCUACACGGCGACGCUGGCCAACGCGGCCAAUGCGCUCCUCGCCGGCCGCGUCUCCGCCGUCACCGUGGCCGCGCCUCCGGGCCACUGGAUCGGGGCCGGCGGCUCCUUGAUCGUCGAGUCCGACCCCGCCACCGGCGCCGCCCGCAAGCACUACAUCGGCAUGGUCAACAUGCUCGACAUCCUCACCCACAUCGCCGAGACCGGCCACGACGACGACGACGACGCCAGCGCCGUCAAGGACGGCGGUGGCUCGCCGCCGGUCGACCUCGACCGCCGCAUGUCCGUGCCGGUGUCCUCCGUCAUCGGCCACUCCUUGGAGGGCCUCACCCUGUGGACGCUCCACCCAAACACGAGCUUGCUGGAUUGCAUGGAGACGUUCAGCAAGGGCGUGCACCGCGCGCUGGUGCCGUUGGAGAGCUCGGCGGACAACGUGGUGGCGGUGGAGCUGGUGGAGUCGGCGCCGGUGUACAGGAUGCUCACCCAGAUGGACGUGGUGAGGUUCCUGCGCGCGCACGGCGCGGAGCUCGGCGGCGUCCUGUCGCGCACCGUCCGUGAGCUCGGCGCGGCGAGCGAGGCCGUGCUCGCGGUGGCGAGCCGCACCAAGGUCAUCGAGGCCAUCAGGACGAUGCGGGCGGCGUCGCUCACGGCCGUGCCCGUCGUCGACGCCCCCAUGGACGCCUACAUCCUGCAGGACGGGAGAGGGAAGAAGGUGGUGGAGACGUUCUCGGCGACGGACCUGCGCGACUGCCCGGUGGCGCAGCUGCGGUCGUGGCUGGGGGCCAGCGUGGCGGAGUUCAAGGACAAGGUGGCCGAGUACCGGCGCGACGGCAGCAGGCCCCUCGACGCGGCGGCCGGCGUCCAAUCCCCGGACGAAGGCGACACCAACACCGCCGUGGAGGCCGGCACCGGCAACGAAGAGGAGCCGCCGCGGCCGCGGGAGAUGGUGACAUGCUCCUUCCAGAGCACGCUCGGGGAGGUGAUCGAGAAAGCGGCGGCGAGCCACGUGCACCGGCUGUGGGUGGUCGACGGCGAGGGGGAGGAAGAGGGGUUGCUGCGCGGGGUGGUGUCGCUGACCGACGUGCUCCGGGUGGUCAGGGAGGCCGCCCUCGGCGAGGACCGGGAGCUCCACGACAUCGUGUCAUCCUAGGGUAGCAGCGGUGCGUUUGCGUCGGUGGGUGCCGCGUGUCAUGUAGUGUAACGUGUCUUCUGUUGUUUCAGUCGAGAUCGACGAGCUCGCUCGCUCGUCUCCUCGCUCCAGCACGGGAAGGAGGCGCCAUGGCACGGUCCUCCUCCGUGUCGCCGUCUUGGCCACGGCGCUCCUCCUCUUCCAUGCCGGCGUCAAUUUAGAUAAGCAUUGCGAAAAUAAUUAUCACGAAA